UUUUCUUCUUUGGUUACUAUGAAGUUGGUUGAAAGCUUUAGUGACAUCCUCAAAGAAACACGAUACGACACCAUAGCAUGUGAUAUUUAUGGUGUUAUUCAUGAUGGCAUUAAAGCCUAUCCUCACUCCAAGUCAGCCUUGACAUCACUUAAACACAAUGGCGAACAUGUUGUAUUACUAUCCAACUCAACACGCUUACAAGACAGACUUGUGUCCAACAUGCAAUCAAACUUUGAUAUCAGCAGUACUUCAUUUGAUAAGAUCUUAUCUAGCGGUACACUCACAAAAAUCUUUUUACGAGACAUGGCCGAGUGUCUGGAAAUAGGUCAAGUGAAACAACCUGGUUGUCAUGCUACUGCUCGAAAACAAGGUCAAAGCACACGCAUGGAACCUGAUGUAUUUGCACGCACCUACUUGAAGACAGGCAAAUUCUUUUUGGCGGGUGACACAGAGUGGCAAGAACCUCUGUAUUUAUCAUUAGCACCCACGCUUACUCGAGUAUAUGAUUGGGAAGAGAUUGAAUUUGUCUUGUUGGGAUCUAUUCAUGGUGUUGAUCCAGUAAAUAAACCAGUCGAUCCUUUUAAUGAAACACAAGUUCGACAGGAUUACCAGCCAUUCUUGGAGGCAUGUCUCGAAAGAAAUGUGCCUAUUAUCUGUGCUAAUCCGGAUAUAUUUGCACCUAAUGGCAAACAUGAAGAUGGAUCUACUAAAUUCCUUAUUUGCCCAGGAUAUGUGGGCCAAAUGUAUGAGGAAAUGGGUGGACAAGUACUUUAUUUCGGUAAACCAUUCAAGAGUAUUUAUGACUACUUAGUCCAGAAAAUAGCAGCAUCUUCUGAUGAUUCAUCAUCCCGUCGAAUAAUUUGUGUUGGGGACAAUGUAGCAACUGAUGUCAAAGGAGCAACCGAAGCGGGUUUAGACGUUGUCAUGGUGAUGGGCGGAGUUCAUUGGGAAGAAUUAAAGCAGGCCAAAGACGAUCAACAACGAAUGAUCAUAGUAGAAGAAUUGUGUCGAGUUAAUGAUUGCAAGACACCUACUUAUCUUAUGCCAUUGCUCAAGUAUUAACGUAUUUUAUUGAAUGGCCCAAGAAUAAUAGAUACAAAAAAAAACCUCCUAUAGAUUGAAUAAAAUGGAAAUGCUGGGAUAAAAAAACAAAACAAAAACAAAGAUGGG